UGAAGACGUGGAUAUAAUAACCUUAGUAUCACUCUCUAUCCACACAGGAGGGAGGUGAGGGACUGAUGACUGAGAUAGCGGUGAUUCAAUUGCAUCAUCACAAUCACAACAUUGCUUAUUGACAUUCAUAUCCUCUCAUUCUCUCUCUUUUUCUUUCUCUUCAAUUCCAAACCUAUGGCGGAUCAGAGCCCCAAACCAGAGACCUUCGAACUCAACAAUGGCAGCAUGCAAGUCCUCCUCAGCAAUCUCGGCUGCACCAUCAUCUCCUUAUCCGUACCCGGAAAAGAUGGUCCUUUUCCGUUUCAUUUUCAUUUCCAUUCAGUGCUAUUUGCUGAUUUAUGACAUGCUCUCCCUGUUUUUUCAAGGAUUGUUAUCCGACAUCGUUCUUGGCCUAGAAUCUGUUGAAUCCUAUCAGAAAGGUCUCGCUCCUUAUUUUGGUUGCAUUGUGGGCAGGGUUGCAAACCGAAUUAAGGAUGGCAAGUUUACACUUGACGGGAUUCAAUACUCUUUGCCAAUCAACAAACCCCCAAACAGUCUCCAUGGUGGAAAUGUUGGGUUUGAUAAGAAGGUAUGGGAGGUAGUUGAAUAUAAAAAAGGAAAUACCCCCUCAAUCACUUUUAGGUGCCACAGUCAUGAUGGAGAGGAAGGUUAUCCUGGGGAUGUCACCGUUACUGCAACUUACACGCUCACCUCAAGCACAACUCUGAGGCUUGACAUGGAAGGUGUGCCGAAGGACAAGCCCACCAUAGUUAACUUAGCUCAGCAUACCUACUGGAACUUAGCUGGUCACAACUCAGGGAAUAUACUUGACCAUUCAAUUCAGCUAUGGGCUAAUCAUAUCACUCCUGUCGACGAGAAUACAGUGCCAACCGGUAAAAUCAUGCCAGUGAAGGGUACCCCUUUUGAUUUUACGUCUGAGAAUAGAAUAGGCAACACCAUUAGUCAGGUUGGACUGGGAUAUGACCACAAUUAUGUGCUUGAUUGUGGGGAAGAGAAAGAGGGUUUGAGACACGCUGCAAAAGUGAGGGAUCCAUCAAGUUCAAGAGUACUUAACUUGUGGACAAAUGCUCCUGGUGUCCAAUUUUACACUGCAAACUAUGUUAAUGGUGUUCAAGGAAAAGGAGGUGCUAUAUAUGGAAAGCAUGCCGGGUUAUGUCUGGAGACACAAGGAUUCCCUAAUGCCAUAAACCAGCCAAAUUUUCCAUCUGUUGUGGUUCGUCCGGGUGAGAAGUAUCAACAUACCAUGUUGUUUGAGUUUUCCCUUGAGUGAUGUUUGUUGGAGUGGCAUAACAAUGGGGUAGACAUCUUGUUGUGCAUAUUAUGUUUGCGUUCAAAUAAUUGAAUGACCAUUUCAUUGUCCAAGUCGUGUUGUUUUAUCACUCCUGAAUGUUGACAUUAUAUUGCAAAAUGAAUCCAUCUUUCUAAGAAUCAGCAACAUCCAUCUCUUUAACUA